AUGAGCAUUAUUCGUAUAAGUAAUCGACUUUUGUCGUUAUCGACAAUAGGUCGAGUAACAUCUAUUGCAGUAAAACAACAUCCUCAUUAUUACUAUUAUGGUAAACGUAUACCUUCGAUUGAUGCCAAUCGUUUAGUACUAUUAUCGUCUACACAUAUUCGUUCAUUUCAUUCAUCGUCGAUACUUUUCGCUGAUAGAUCUCAAGUAGAAAAGACAGUAGAUUUAUUAAAAGAUAAAACUAUUGAGGAAACAGCAAAAACAACAUCAACGUCGCCAAUAAAAACUACUGUUUCAACUAGUACUCCGAAUGUAUCAAUUUCUACGACUGGCACCCAACCGAAUGAUCAAGCAUUAGUGAAACAACGUAAAUCACUUUGGCAACGUAUUGUUCAUGAAUUGAAACAUUAUUACAAUGGCUUCAAAUUAUUAUUUAUCGAAACGAAAAUUGCAUUUCGUCUUCUAAGACAAGUUUUGAAUGGACAUACAUUAACGAGACGAGAACGAAAACAAUUUACUCGUACGGCUGCUGAUUUAUUUCGACUGGUACCAUUUUCAGUUUUCAUUAUUGUGCCAUUUAUGGAAUUUACAUUACCAAUUUUUUUGAAACUUUUUCCAAAUAUGUUACCAAGUACAUUUAAAGAAGCAGAUAAAGAGCAAGAAAAAUUGAAAAAACAAUUAAAAGCAAAAUUAGAAGUAGCUAAAUUCUUGCAAGAUACACUGGAAGAUACAGCAUUACAAUCGAAAAAGAAACGUUCCGAUGAUACAUUAACAACCCAAUUUGCUGAAUUUAUGCAAAAGAUUCGUUCAACCGGCGUUCAACCAUCGACUGAAGAAAUAAUGAAAUUUUCCUCAUUAUUUGAAAAUAAAUUAACAUUGGAUAAUCUUGAUCGUCCACAAUUAGCUGGUUUAUGCAAACUUCUCGGCAUAUCAACAAUUGGUCCUGAUUAUUAUCUUCGUUUUACGCUUCAUUUAAAAUUACGAAAUUUAGAAGCUGAUGAUAAAUUAAUUCAAGAUGAAGGUAUAACAAGUCUCGAUGUUGACGAAUUGCAAGCAGCAUGUCGCGAUCGUGGUAUGCGUUCGCUUGGUCUUAGUGCUGAACGUUUACGUUCACAAUUACAACAAUGGCUUGACCUUCAUCUUAACAAAAGUAUACCAUCAACCAUUUUACUUUUAUCACGGGCACUUUAUUUACCGGAAAAUAUUCCACAAGAAGAUAUACUUAAAGCAGCCAUUCAAUCACUACCAAAAGCUAUUGAUAGUGUAACGGCUGUUAAAAUUGCUGAAGUUAGUGGUGAACGUGUUGAUAACACGCAACGUAUUGAAGUUAUUAAACUCGAAGAUGAAGCUAUUAGAAAAGAAAAAGAAGAAAAAGCGAAAGAUAAGAAAAUAUCUGAAGAUGAAAUGAAGCAGAAACAACUAGUCGAACAAGUUGUGGCACCAACAAUACCAUCAGAUAUUCCUAAAGCAGAAAUUCUUGUCGAUAAAGCACCUAUAAUGGGCGAUGUUAAAAAAGAAGACAAGAAAGAUGAUCAACAUAUUGAUGUUGGACAAGUCGAAACAGCACUUGAACAACUUGUUCAUCAAAAAUCGCAAGAAGUUGAAGCAACUGUUGAAGAAAUUAAAGAACUUAAAGAUGAUGUUAAAGAAUACAAGGAAGAUGUUAAAGCGUUUGAAACAUUGGCUGCAACGAAACAACUUAAACAUUUAAGUGAAACACGUUCUGCUAAGGCUCUUUCAAAACGUAUUGACAAACUUGUUGGUGAUCUGGAUCAAAUUGUUACAACAUUAGAUAAAAAAAAGGAUUCACUUCAAAAAGAUAUUAAGAGUGAAGAAGAUUUAUUAAAAGAUGCUCAAUUAAAAACAGACCAAAUUCAACAGCACACAAAUUUCAUUACGGAGAAAAAAGAAAUACUUAUUUCAACUCAAGAAUUAGUUAAUACAAUUCGAGAACUUCAAAAAGUGUCCAAUAAAUCAACAGAUAUUCAAGUUUGGGAUUUAAUCAAUCAAUUCGAUCAUAACAAAGAUGGUUUCAUUGAAGUUGAUGAAAUAUUGAAAGCACUUGAAAUAAUUGGCAAUGAAAAAGUUAAAAUAUCGAAAAAGCAUUUAAAAGAAAUCAUUGAUGUGAUGAGUUUUAAUGAAAUAAUUCAAGAAUUUAGUAAAAAUAUUCAAUUAAACGUUUUCUAUGAACAUUUUACAAAAGACGAAGAUCAAAUUGAUUCUUAUUUAAUAAAUUAUCUAGAGGCGGCAAGAAAUUUCUUAAUUAACGAUAAACAAUUUGAAAGAACUAGACCUUAUUUAAAAAUUCUUCUCGAAUAUUCAUGGGAAAAAUUAAAUACCGGAAUAUGGCAAAAUGUUAAAGAUGCUUAUAGAUAUUUAUAUGCUUAUGCAUGCUAUAUUGAUGUACUUGUGGAUUGUAGGACAUUAAUAAGCAAUGGUGACAAUAGCAAUUAUCAAGAUAUUAUAAAAAAAUGUGAUUUGGGCAUUUUACUCGGUGGACCAAUCCUUGAAAAACAGUUCAAUGAGCUUAUUUCAAUAAUUAAUCAAAAUUUCAAGAAUACACAAGAUGAAGAGCCUAAUGAUGAUUUUCAUUCACCAAAACGCAUUCGUCUUGAUGAUAAUAGCCAGGAAGAGGAUUUUAACUGGAUGCCAAGACCAAUUAUUGAUUCAACAAAAUCAAUCGUACGUAUUCAGUGUCCAUCUAUGGAACAAUUUCUUACAUGUUAUAUGCAAACAAAAAAACCUGUUAUUCUCACUGGAUGUAUUGAUCAUUGGCCAGCAUUGUCAAAAUGGAGUUUUGAUUAUUUGAUUAAAUUGGCCGGUGAUCGAACAGUACCCGUUGAAUUAGGUAGUCGUUAUUCAGAUGAUGAUUGGACACAAAAGUUAAUGACAAUAGCGGAUUUUAUCAAAAAAUACUGUAAACAACGAUCUCCAAAAUGUGGUUAUUUAGCGCAACAUCCCUUACUAGAUCAGAUUCCAGAUUUAAAAAAAGAUAUUUGUAUACCCGAUUAUUGUUAUAUUAGCUCUGAUGAAAACGAAGAUGAAGAAGUUGAUCUUAAUGCCUGGAUUGGUCCAAAACAAACCAUAUCGCCUUUACAUAAUGAUCCAAAACAAAAUCUUCUUGCGCAAGUAGUCGGAGAAAAAUAUAUUCGUUUAUAUGAUCCUAUUUAUUCGCCAAGAUUAUAUACAUUGGGUUCAACUAUGUUAAACAAUACUAGCUCAGUUGAUGUUGAAAAUCCUGAUUAUGAUCGAUUUCCUCUUUUCAAAGAUGUUCCUUAUCUUGAAACUAUUCUUCAACCUGGUGAUAUGCUCUAUAUGCCUUCUCGUCAUUGGCAUUAUGUUCGUUCACUUUCACCUAGUUUUUCUGUUAAUUUUUGGUGGACAUAA